GGCGAAGAAUUCACGAGACAAAUUUCCCUGUGGGGAACGACGCACCAGGGGAUCCUGAUGAACAGCUCAGUGUGCCUACUCGGGAGUAGCCUCAUCAUCAUGGAAGUUGCAAAAGGGUUGAUGUUGAGCGGCAUAAGGAAUAUUACCAUUGUAGACAACACAUGUGUAACGAGGGAGGAUACAAAAUGUUACAUUUUCUCCGAAGAGUAUGAAAUACUAAACGAGUACAAAUGCAAAGUGGUGAAAAAAAAUUUGAUGAGAAUGAAUCAGCUAGCCAAUAUUACAUGCAUAGUUAAGGACCCACUAAAUUACAUGAACGAGAUUGACUCAUAUGAGGAUACAUAUGACGUGAUUAUCUGUAACCUGUGUGUAAGGAGUAAUUUACUUGUUGAAAAAAUUUGUACAAGGAAACGAAAAGUAAUUAUAACGUGUCAUGCUGAAGGGUACUUAGGUUAUAUAAACCUAAGUGUGGGAGGUCACCUAUAUGUUCAUACUUGUAGCAAAAAAAGGAGAGUAAAAUCCGAAUGGGGGAUAUAUACUCACUUAUCCCUGUCUCUCUAUGAGGAGCUGAAGGAAUACGUACGUAGGGUAGAUUACGGCUCCAUUCGCGGCCGCGGGUGGAGGGACAAAAUUGUGUUCUUGGCGAAGUGCUACCAGGACUUUCGCGCAGCGGGGGGCGGCAGCGGGGGAGGAGGAGGAGGAAGUAGAGAAGGAGGAAGUACAGGAAGCGGAUGCGGAGAACUCUGCAACGGUAGCGGCCAUAGAGGUGACCACAGCUACUGUGCGUGUGAAAAUCGAAACCAUUGUGAUGGCCCCUUUUUAACCUUCGUGGCUGAAAAACUAAAGUUAAAGGAUGCCCCCCGCUUCCCCCCCCCGGACGAAAGAACGUGCGCGAUGCUCAGACCAAGGAGCGUCACGCAGAGGAUUAAAGAGGCCCUGCUUGGAAACCAAAUGGAAGGGUCACCAUACAACCAUAUUUUUAUAUUCCUGGUCGUUUUAAAGAGCUUUAUAAAAAAUCGAAAGGGGUUACCUCUCCUGAUGGACCUGAAAAAUGAGCCCCCUGAUGGUGGUGGGACGACCAAUUGUCUAGACAAAAUUUUGCUAAAAAGAAAAGUGAAGGACGAGGAAGAAAUCGAGAGACUUAUCGAGAGGAAGAAACGAAAAUAUAAAUUUGGAAAACCAUUUACUCUGUCCCAUUUUGUGUAUUUUUUUUGGAACUUUGUUUUUAUUCGAAGGGUGGAGCAUCGGAGUGGCACGCGGGAUGACAGCAAGGGGGGCAGCCGCGUGGGGGAUAGCCGCGUGGGGGACAGCCGCGUGGGGGACAACUCCUUGGUGGAAAACUGCUUGCUGGAGCACUUCCUAGAAUUUGCCGUUCUCUACGGCUUGGGAUUGAAGCCUAUUCGAGAAGGUCACCUGAGCGUGUGCGGACGGGAAGGAGCCCCCUGUCCACUUUACUGCCAUUAUUUAAAACAGAAAAUUAGGGGAAAUUUACUCCUGUACGGGAGACAUAUGAACCUCCUACAUUUUGGUGAAAGAUCCCCGAAUGAGGAAAUUAAAAAGGAAUUAAAUAAGCGUGUUGAGUUAUACGUGUCACAUGAUGAGAGAGAGACACACUUGAAUGGGUACGACGAUGCGAAGGCGCUGCAUUUUUUACUCUCCUGUGUAGAUACAGACACAAACGUUUUGUUGAACACGGUGCGGAAAGUGGAGAGGACAUUCCAUCGAUUGGUCUGCGACGUGGGGGGAUACGGCGUGUGUGCGCAGGUGGUCAUUGCGGGUUUGGUUACGCAGGAGGGGGUUAAAAUAUGCUCGCUGUACUUGGAGCCGCAGUCGGGUUAUUUCUUCUUCACCGCGGGGAAGCGGCGCGGCGGUGCAGGUUAG